AUGACUCGUACCUCUGGUCCACCGUCGCCGCCGCAGCCGCUCAUUCCUCCGCCGCAGCUGCUCGUUCCUCCGCCGCAGCCGCUCGUUCCUCCGCCGGUGCCGGAAUUUCAAGAUCCAAAUAGUCCGUUCUAUAUGCAUGGCGAGAAGGGAGAUCUCACUCGUAUUUCAGAUCUAUGGGAGGAGAUUUACGCUAUGAAGCAAGGUACUUCGUCUGUGACAGAAUUUCACACAAGGUUCAAAGUAGUUUGGGAUGAAUUGCUUGCUUGCACUCCCAUUCUUUCUUGUCGAUGUACUCCGCGUUGUUCAUGUGGUAUGGCUGCUCGGCUACGAGACUAUCAAUUGGCACAACAGGUCAUGCAAUUCUUGCGUGGUCUGAACGAGUCCUUCAAGCCUCUUCGUUCUCAGAUUCUCAUGGCGAGUCCCUUGCCUCCUCUGAACGAGGUCUUCUCGUUAGUCUACCAACAUGAACAGGAGAUGGCUCAUCCUGGCUCUCUGGCUACCGUUCCUGCUGCUAAUGCAGUUUCCUCUACUCCAUCACAAGCAGACCUACUUGCUAUGGCUGCUCGUUUCGUUCAGACGGCUGGUGCUACUGGUAAUUCUGGCAAGCAAUCCAACCAGCAACGACGAAGGCACAUCUGCCCUCACUGUGGAGGUAAGGGGCAUACCAUCGGUGGAGGGGUCAAUGCUGUUGUUUCCGAUACUGAGACUGGUGAUGGUGAUGAUAGUCAGAAGCUUCUGCCUUCUACUUCAUCCUCCGCUCCCCUUUCUCCAGCCACCCCUCCUCCUUCAUCCUCCGCUCCUCCUUCUCCUUCUAGUUCACUCUUUACCCACCCCUCCAUCCUCAGCAGUUCUCCCAAACAAGAAUCUGCCCAGGCCAAGAGUGAAGAGUGUUCUGUGUUGUUUGAAGGAGAACCCCUUGAUCUCAAGAAAGAGUUUGUCUCUGGUGGCUUGCUGCCAGACUUCUAUGACGCGAAUGAGAACAGAAUUGUCAGCACUUCAACAGAAAAGCUGAACAGCUUUCUAAAGCAUGUUGAAGAGAAUAAAUCGUUGAACAGGGAGGGGCUUGGAUAUAGGAGAAUUGGAGAGCUGAUUGACCAAGGAGAAGAAGCCGAAGAAGCACAAUCUUUCAAAGAGGGUGACGAAUCCUCUUCUAUUCUGAAGGAUGAAGCAAAGAUAUUCUUUGUUUCUGGAGGUUUGCUCUCGGUCUCAGAAACCACACCUAUCCAUUCUGAUCACAACGUUGAAGAUUACAUCAGCAGUUUGCUAGCAAGGAGGUCUGUCAACAGAGAAGGCCUGGGGUACAGAACGGAAAGAAGGGAAAGAGAGAAGGAAGAGGAUACGAAAGAAAGACCCGCUUCAAAAGGGCAUGUGGGAAAGACGAUUCCUGGCUUUGUUUGUGGCGGUUUCCUGGUAAACACACAAGAAGAGAAGGUGGACACUUGUUUGGACAAUUCAGACCACAAGGCAGAAGAUUACAUCAACUAUUUGCUAGCAGGGAGGUCUAUCGAUAGGGAAGGCUUGGGGUACGGAAAGGAAAGGAGCGAAAGAGAGAAGAAAGUGGAGACUGAAGAAGCAUCCAAUUCUUCAAUGAAGCAGGUGGAAAAGACGAUUCCCGGCUUUGUUUCUGGCGGUUUCCUGACAAACACACAAGAAGAGAGCCUGGACGAUUGUUUGGACAAUUCUGAUCACAAGGUGGUAGAUCACUUCAACUGUUUGCUAGCAGGGAGGUCUGUCAACAGGGAAGGCUUGGGGUACGGAAAGAAAAGUAGGGAAAGUGAGAAGAAAGUGGAGACUGAAGAAGAGUCUACUACUACUGCUUUGAAGGAACAAGAAGGGAAGGGGUUGCUAUAG